AUGUAGUUUUGAACGACUAUAAAAUAGGCUAUUGUGGGAAUAAAAUUCUACGGUGACAAGUUUUAUUCAGGAGACAAGUCUGUCAAGGAUCCACACACACACGCGACAACCAAACCAACCAGACUUCACCCGAACUUUUUAUAACAGUUGUUCAACAAGAUUGUAACUCACCAUGGACAGUUUGAUAUUCAUGGUUACUGCCUUGGUGUUGAUUUCAUCGGUUUAUGGGUCUGCGGAAAACACUCAACCAGAAAAAAGAUCAGUUGACCAAUUAGGUAGUGGACUUAUAAAAAAAUCAUUGGACUCUAUAGGCAGUGGCUUUAUCAAACGACGUUUAGAUCAAAUAGGUUCUGGUUUCAUCAGAAAAAGACCCAUCGAUCAGCUUGGAUAUGGUCUGAUCAGAAAGCGACCGAUUGACCAACUUGGAUAUGGCCUGAUUAGAAAAAGGCCGAUUGACCAGCUUGGAUACGGCUUAAUUAAAAAAAGACCAAUCGAUCAACUUGGUUAUGGUUUAAUUAAGAAACGUCCUGUUGAUAGUCUUGGUAUGGGUCUCAUCAAAAAAAGCAACGAUGUUUAUGACAGCCAACAGUAUAGCUCUUCAGAAAGUGGAGAAACGGGACAGAAGCGUGAUCUGGAUUAUGUAGGAUAUGGUUUAAUUAAGAAAAACAGCAAUUCAGCAGAAAGACGAGGGCUCGACAGUAUAGGCAUGGGGCUUAUAAAGAAAGAUUUAGAUACCAUAGGAAUGGGUCUUGUGAAGAAGUCCAACAAGCGGUAUAUGGAUAGAUUAGGUAUGAGUGAUAGAGGUCAUAUGAGUAAUUCGCGUUCUAAUAGAGUAUUUCAUAAACGACCAAUUGAUGCAUUGGGAAUGGGUCUAAUAAAACGAAAUGGUGACAAAAACAGAACAUACCACAAAAGACCAAUAGAUUCACUCGGAAUGGGUCUGAUUAGGAAAAGACCUAUGGAUUCUCUAGGCAUGGGCCUCAUCAAACGACAACAUGGCGAUAAGAACCACAGAUAUCAUAAACGACCUAUCGAUUCAUUGGGAAUGGGGCUUAUUAAACGGGAUGGGGAGAAAAGAGCACUUGAUGAAUUAGGAAUGGGUUUAAUCUAAGUUGUAUUAUUAUAAGGGAGCGCCUACGAUUAUUUUAAUUUAAGAACAAAGAAUAUCAUUAAAUCUAAUUAUAAGUAACAAAUGGAGUAUUUUAUCUACAUGUAUAUUUACACAAAAACAAAACAAAGAAACGAUUUUUACUUAUGCAAAUGAUUAAUUCCAAUAUGGCGAACUUGAAAAAUGGUGAUACAGUUAUGAUAACAUUUCUUUAGUUAAAAAUAUUUUUAAGCAUAGCGAUUCUUGUUUGUAUACUUUAAAGGCGAUCUCUUACUUACAGUAAUAUUCAUAUUCUAACUCCCACAUAGGUUUCAUAAAUUAAUGAUAAAACCAGUGAAGUUGACAUGCAACUGUAAGAUCCCAGCAACAUACAUGCAGGAAUAGAUUCCGUAGCACAAAUCGUACAUUUUAUAAAGAAAAAGGGAUAAUACAUUACUUAUUUGUUGUUUUUUGUUAAGCUCAACGAACUGACAAAGUUGUACAUUGUAAUUUGAACAGUUUUUGUUUGUACAAGGAUUGCAAUUACACAUUUAUAUACAACCCAUGUAUGUUACUGACGAAGGAUACCCUUUGAGUUAAAUUAAUGUUAUUUUAUUUAAAAUUGUUAUCUUGUAUGAUUUUAUAAUAACUGUAUGAUUGUUUUGUGUUUCGUUAACUCUAUAUUCAAACAUCGGAAUAUUUAAAAUAAACCACGUUUUAUAGAAGUAAAUAUAAUGUAUAUCAUUAUAUCUAUGUUAGAAAAACAAUGGAUUAAUGAAAGAUGUAAAUCAUUAAUAAUAUUUUACAUGUACGUUAUUUAUUGUUGUUUAUAAUAUUCGUUUGAUUUUAUGGCUCAUUUGUCUUAUUCUAAUAUAAAUAAUAAAACGAAUUAAAAUUCAAAAAGUAUUUUUAAAACGUUAUCAUAACUAAAGAAUGGUGUAUUUUGUGUAUAUAUAAACAUAUCAAAAGCUGGCAAUGUUGUAUUCAUCGAUUCAAAGGCCACGUUUGAAGUAAACAAUUAUAUUGAGCAA